UUGUUCAUAGACAACCUCUGUUUUUAUUAGUUUUCUAGGAAAAAUAGAAACAUCAAAAUCAAACACAAUGCCCGAUUGCAGCGAAAAUUAUGAGAAAGAAAUAUCCGAAGGGAAAAACGUUCGUAACGUAAUGUGCAAAUAUUGCAAUUCUGUGAUCUUGACCCCUUCUUCUGCUUCUUUUACCAGUUUCGAGUACGAGUUACCCCUAAUUAGGCAGUCAAAGACUAACGACCAAAAUCCAAAGACCGAAAAUGUUUCGUUAUUUUGGGCUGUGAACGAUAUGUUUACAUUUCAAAAUGUGGGAUUCUCGAAUACUGUAGGUAAUAACAAAUACCUUACGUGUGCCGACUGCGAAGCUGGGCCCAUUGGAUAUCACGAUAUGUCCAAUAAAAUGAGUUAUGUCGCUCUUACUAGGGUAAUUCACAAUUAGCAGUUAAUUUCUUUUCUAACACUAGUAAAGAAACGAGAAAUGGCUUAACCUUAUCUUAUUGUUUAUCCAUUGUAUGGGAAAAUUCAUAAAUAGUAUGAUUGUGAUAACUUGUAUGUUAAACUACCAAUAUUUUUAAGUUAAUAAACGUUAGCA